UCAUACAAGCUAAGUCAUCGGAUGAAACAACAUACUAAAUGUAAAUCAACAAAAUUUUACAAGAAUUUUUUUUGGAAAAUUCCGAAACUUUUACGUAUAUUAAUAGAAACAAACGAAAACAGAAAACUCCCGCGGAAGAGUGUCAAUUGCAAGUGACAAUUUGUUGAUUUGUGUUCCACUUCCGAUUUUAACAUACAACUGACUGAAUAUGAAGAUGAUACGCUCCAAUCGACGCAAGGUGAUCGAAGAGGUAUAUGGCUCCAAGCUGGAAGGUAUCCAUUCGGCCAAGUCACAGGCCAUACCCCAGGCGGGCAGGGCGUCCGCACAGAAGACCGGACGCAAUGCGUCAGCUGGGGGCGGAGCAGCUGCUGCUGGAUUGGGACACUUGCGUCCGCCGGACACACGCAUUCAGCGCAGCUUUAUGACGGACAACGACUACUACAUUCAGACGAAUCUUCCCCUGACGGCGGCAAACUUGCGAAAUAACCCCAGUAUUCUAGCGCACUCAUCCCAGGCCCAUCUGAUGCCUGGUGGGCAGCCCCAGCCGUCGCCAUACAGUGCCAUGAAUACGCGGCGUAGCAACAUGGGCGGCGGCAAGAUCACCGGACGUCAGUCCCAAAUACAGAAGGUUGCCCAUUUCGCUAUGCCCGAUGGUAAGGUAAACAACAGUGUCUACAGCUUGGCCAAGCCAAAAGAGCAUUCGCAUCCGCAUCCACAUCAGCAACGGCAUAGUCGCGCCCUCAGCAAGUCCGUCACACAGCGCACCAACUAUGGCGACAACAACAACGCAGACACGGAGCUCUCCGACAAGGAUAUGCUACUACCCAGCGGGACCAGCGGUUCGGUCAACAAACGUCGCACGCACCAGCACACACACCACAUGCCGAUGGAGAUGCCGAUCCAAAUGAGUGCGAUGCAGCCGCACCCACCACAGCACCAGCUGCACCAGCAACAAUUGACCCAUCACAGCAGCCAUCAGCAUCAGAAUGUGGCACAUUCGCAUGCCCAUGCACACCCACACCAGCAUCCUCAGCAUCCUCAUCAAAAGCACACGUGUCCACGACAGUUGCAGUCAACGAGCCAGCCCCGUGUGAGUGCGGCCACUGAUGACGAUAAGGACGAUGAUCCCGAGGAGUUCUUCGAACUGAUACGCCAGACCGUUCAGACAGCCAUAGGGAACACCAUUAAUGAAACCCUGUUCAAGAACUUUCGAGAUCUUGGCACCAAGAUCGAACGCUUUUCGGGGGAACUGAAGCAGACAAACGAACAUUUGGACAAGCUGCAGGAGACGGUUGCCGGCAAGCUCGUUCACUAUGGCGAGGAGAACUCGCGCCACUUCCGGUAUCUGUGCAUGAAGUCCGAGUACGAUAAAAUGUUCUUUCAGCACCAAGCGAUGCUGACCAAUCCGUCCGCAGAUUCGAGCAAUCCAUCGCAGCAAAAUGUUGCUGCCAUUGGCGUUGCACCCACUCUGGGGGGUAAUGCCCGUCCAAUGUCCAACCAGAAGUUCAAUAGCAAGGCGCCCAAGCGUUCCGGCUCUACCCAAGAGCGUGGCAAGAUGCCCACAAGCAACACCAACAAAGUGCAGAACCCUUGUACAUACCGCACCACUUCGAAAGCGCCGCACCAGCAGCAGACCACUGAGCCGCACAAGUCGUCAUCGGAUCAGAGUCUCGGUCAGUCCUCGCAACUGGGAGUGGCCGAAGUGUUGGGGCACAUACAACGCUUCUGCACACAGAUCCAGCAAAACGAUAUGGGCAGCCAGAACCAGAUGACACCCGAUGCCUUCAACAAGAUGGAGGCGAGCUUGAUCGCCAAGGCCAAAUCGAAUGUCGUACUAGGACUUUGUGGAACCGACAAUAAGCCUGCAGCUCGCACCGCUGCUGCCAGUCAGAAGAAGACGAGCGAUGAGCACGAGGGAGAGAUGAUGGGCGACAGCAUGGAUGAGGCCUACUCCGAGCUGGAAGACUUUCAAAUGUCCUCCGAUGAGAUGACCUCAUGCAGUGACGACGACGACUGUGGCCUGAAAUAUCCCAGCGGUGCGGUCACAUCUCGUGCGCCGGCAGCCGUCAACUCGUUCCGCAGGCAGUCCAACAAUGGAGCCGGGGAUGGGCAAUAGAUACCAUACCAUACCCCCAUCCAUACCCCCCCCCCCACCCCUUUUUACAACCACAACCCUUGCAGAGAAAUUUUCUACCUGAUCAGACACACAGACACUACACAGAUGUCCUUUUAUACGUUUUUUCUUUCCCUGAGUACAAUCGCAGUUUAUUAUGUUCAUGACUGUAUUCUCGGCUGCCACAAAAUUUUUAAUUGUUUCUAUGACAUAGCAAAAGCAUAAAUACUCUUUAGGUUCUGUCCAAAAUAUUUACAUAAAUUAACGAGAAAUUAACGUGUUAUCUAUACAUAUUUCCAUGUGUUCAUUUGAUUUGUCUCGGGAAAAUCUUUUUAUAAUAAAA